AUGGCAGCAAAGUCGCAGCCUCUGUUCGUCUACAUCAAUGGCUAUCCUGGAGUAGGAAAGCUUUCUGUCGCUCGAGAGCUUCGUGCUAUCCUUCCGAAUACAAAAGUCUUCGACAACCAUAACUUGAUCGAUGCCACCUCAUCAAUCUAUGAACGAGGCAUGCCGGAAUAUCAGCCUCUACGUCGACAGAUGCGACGUGUAGUCCUGGACUCUAUUGCCACCAGCGAAUCCACCAGAGAAAUCACCUGGAUUUUCACCGAUCAGCAAUCUUCCGAUGAAACUGGUGCUUCUGCCGCUCAGGACUAUGCUGCCGCAGCCCAGGCAAGACAGUCUUCUUUCGUGUCUAUUAUUUUGACCUGUGAUCUUGAGGAGAACGUUCGGCGGCUGACCUUCGCAUCGCGUGGAGGAGAAAGUAACACGAAGCUGACCGAUGUCGAUAUUCUGCAUCACAUCCGUGACACGGAAGACAUCUAUCAUUUUGGUGGUGAGCUCGAAAUUGAGAUUGACGUCACGCAUAAGGCUCCGGAUGUUGUUGCUCGAGAGAUUGAGAAGUUCAUAGGUAGUUCCAAGGCCAUGUAAGUGAACUCGCAUGUUG